UGUCAUCUCAUUCAAAUUUCCAUUGCACGAAGUAUAUGAUAAUUGUGCAGGUCCAUAUAACACAUUCAGAGUCGAGGCAUUGGCGAGGCCUUCCAUCCAUUGUCCGUGAAAUGCAUGCCAUCAAAGAGAUCUACAAGAUGAUGCCUCCCACGUAAAAGCGCGUUUAAGAAUUCAGAAAUGGAUCAUCUGGAUCAUCUUCUUCCAAGUUAUAUAAACUGGAAGCCAUUGCUGCAUUUCUCAGAACAGCCAAUACUCAGAAAUGGGGGAAAAUCUCAAUACUCUGGCUAGUCUCAAUCCAUAUGGAAAGCUCAGUGAAGCCGAACAAGAACGGCUCGUUGCGAGGAGAAAGACGCGGAGAAGAAUCACCGUAAUCGGAGUGUCGUCGGUGAUUCUCAUUGUUGUCGUAGUCGCCGUGGUCGUUGGGGUUUCUCAAAGCAACUCCGGAAGCAACAAACGAAGAGAUGAAACGAAUCCGGCUUCCUUAUCAAUUAGGGCUUCGUGCAACGUCACAUUGUAUCCUGAUUCCUGUUACAACAGCUUGGCUCCUUUGGUGAAGUCGGGAAAUCCGAAUCUCCGAGAUCUUUACAAGCUGUCCGUGCAAGUAGCUAUCGACGAACUCUCAAAAGUCUACAAUAAUUUCAUUGGAAAAGGCGGGGAGAAGCUGAAUAUCACGGACGAAAGGACGAGGGCAGCCAUAGAAAGCUGUAAAGAACUCGUCUCCCUCGCGUUGGAUCAUCUCAACGACUCGUCGUCCAUCAGGGUCGCGAAUUUGCGGGAGGCUUUGGGCGAUUUGAGGACGUGGUUGAGCUCGGCCGGGACUUCUCAACAGACCUGCAUCGACGAACUCGAAGCGGCGUCGAGUGGAUUGAGUGAUGUUGUGAGUUCUAACUUCAAGAACUCGACGGAGUUCACGAGCAAUAGUUUGGCGUUUAUUACCUCGAUCGAGAAGUCCAUUGACUCGUUGGGUGCCAUCGGGAGGCGCCGUUUGAUGGGUUUCGAAGAUGACACGCCGGGAUGGGUGUCGGCUAAGGACAGGAAGCUGCUGCAGACUCCGAGCUCAAAGAUAAACGCUGAUGCUGUGGUGGCGAAGGACGGCACCGGAAAGUAUAAGACGAUCAAGGCGGCGCUGAAAGCCGUGCCGGAGAAGAGUAAGAAGAGAUUUGUUAUCUAUGUGAAGAAGGGUGUUUAUGUUGAGAAUGUUAGAGUUGAGAAGAAGCAAUGGAACGUGAUGAUGAUCGGCGAUGGCCGGAAUUCCACCAUUGUUUCCGGCAGCCUCAAUUUCGUUGACGGAACUCCCACGUUUCAGUCCGCCACAUUUGCGGCGAUGGGGCAAGGAUUCAUCGCCCGGGACAUGGCGUUCCGGAACACCGCCGGCGCGGCCAAGCACCAGGCGGUGGCCCUGAUGUCGACCGCCGAUCACUCGAUCUUCCACCGGUGCACCAUGGACGGGUUCCAGGACACCCUCUACGCUCACUCCAACCGCCAAUUCUACCGCGACUGCAACAUCUACGGCACCGUCGACUUCAUCUUCGGGAACUCGGCCGCCGUCCUGCAGAACUGCAACAUCCUGCCGAAGAAGCCGAUGGCCGGGCAGCAGAACACGAUCACGGCCCAGGGAAAGAUCGACCCCAAUCAGAACACCGGGAUCGCGAUCCAGGACUGCACGAUCGGGCCCGCCGCCGACCUUGCCGGCACCCGGACCUACUUUGGCAGGCCGUGGAAGAACUACUCGACGACGGUGCUGUUCCACAAUGUGAUCAACGGAUUCAUCGACGGAAAAGGGUGGCUGCCGUGGGUCGGCACGUCGGCGCCGAGCACGAUCUUCUAUGCCGAGUAUCGGAACUCCGGGGCCGGCGCGGCGACGAAGAAGAGAGUUGGUUGGAAGGGGCUGAAGCUCAAUCUGACGGCUUCUCAGGUGAAGAAAUUCACCGCCGGUUCGUUCAUCGCCGGCGAUGAUUGGAUUCCGGCGACCGGAGUUGACUACAAGUCGGGGCUUUGAUGUGAUCAAUGUACGGACAAAUAAUUCUAUUCUAUUCUAUUCUAUUCUUUGGGUUUUGUAUGAAUUUGUUUGUUUCCUUUUUUGUCUUAUUGGAUCGUUUAUUUGUUGA